AUGGGUAAACGCAAGUCGGCCAGCAAGCCAGAGGCUAAGAAGAAGCGCGAGGCCCUAGCAACUACCUUUCAAUGCCUGUUCUGCAACCACGAAAACUCUAUCUCGGUCAAAAUCGACAAGAAAGCCAGUACCGGAGAAUUGACCUGUAAGGUCUGCGGACAAACAUUCCAGACUGUGACCAACUAUCUCAGCGCACCCAUCGAUGUGUACUCGGACUGGGUCGAUGCUUGCGAUUCCGUAGCCAAACAAUCUGGCGAUAGCGCAUCGCAGCCGAGAAGAGACACCUACAGUGGCACCGCAUCGCAAUCGCGCUCGCAGGCCCAGGGCGCUGCUGCCAACACUGCAGCCGACGACGGCUUUAUCGACGACGAUGAGCUUGAUGCAGAGGCAGAUUACGCCGAGGAAUAA